CAGGAGGGUGCUCUUCAUGGACGCCGACACGUACGUAUUCAAGAGUGAGUUGCGCGACGUCAUCACGUCCACAUCCCUUCUGGAGGGGGAGAUCGCGAUGGUCAGGGACAUGUGCAAGCAAAAGGGCGACGAGGAGGAGUUCAACAGCGGCGUGAUGCUGUACGAGCCGAGCCUGAGCGCCUUCGCGGGCAUGCUGGCGCGGAUCGCGGAACGCCGCAGCGACCUCGACAAUGGGGAUUACGGCAACAUAUUGGGAGGCGCAUCAUCAACGUGGAGUACAGAGAUCGGGUCGUCGAGCUCCCUCCAAGGCACCCCCCAGGGACCCCCAGCAGUGCGCCGAGACGGGCUCUCGAAUGUCAGGGCGGUGUCGACUAAACCGUUCAACUGCGUGGACGCGGGCUCGGGCGGCAGGAGACUACAACAACCGAGCGUCCUCAGUCUCGCUGACCCCGGGAUGGAACAAAUAAGUGCCCACACUGCAGAGAACCCGACCUUGGGAACGUCGCUGUUCAAGCACCGGGACCUCAAGGCACGCCACAAAGAACUGCACAGCGCAAUGACGGCGCACCACAUCCCAGGUCUCCAGGGAAGGCCACUGCCGAGGAACUUGCGCGUGCCAUCAACGACCUCGGACCAGGAUGCCUGCAGAUACCCCGACCGGAUCAACGGAACGACCACGCAGCAAAUCAGGCAGAUGAUCAUUGACUCAGACCAGCCUGAUGGGCCAGAGAUCGUCCUCACGAGCCUACGUGCUGCACAAGCUGACACCAUAUUCGAGACCAUCAUGGCUACCAAUCGCAAGUGCACCGUGCUGGCCCUCACGAUAGAAGGCAGACUCUUGCAGGAGGCUCCGCAGACCUUGCUAGGCAGAUCUUACCAGAAUCCGACUCCACUUCGGCGGCUUCUCUUGACCAGGGGAUGGGAUGGCGGCCCUUCGCUGAGCAGACUCACAGACACUGAGCCGGGCUCCCGCCUCAGAUGGAACAUCGCAGACGCCGGGCAGACGGGACAAGACACCGUCGAGCAGGCACGGUGCCUCCACGCAUACCAUCCCGAUUUCAAAUGUUAUCAGCAGAUGUCACAGGUGCCGAUCCGCACUGCUGCCAGCGACACCAUGGCUGGCGCCUUUGGCGGGAGUGCCUAUCUCAGGACUGAGAGCUCUGAAUAUCGCAUCUUUCCUGCCACGGCAGCCAGGGGUGGAGCGCGCCGGGGGAACUCGCAGUUCUCGUCAUUGCAGCCGGUCGCGGCCAACGCAGAAGAGGCCAUUGUGGUGCACUCCCCAGCGCCCAGCUUCCAGGCCACAGGACAGAACCUCCAUUGCGCCACCAGCACCAAGUGGAACGUGCUUCUCAAUGACACUAGCCGUGACGCGCUGGACCGCCGCUCCAGCCGUGAGGGCAUGGACCGCCGCCCCAGCCGCGCCACGGAGGGUCGCCGCAGUUCGCCGCGCGGCGCCCGCAAGAAGCAGCGGAGGGCGGAGGAGGACAGCGGCCUGGAGGACCUCUUCGGGAGCGACGAGGAGGACGACCCGAGGUGCUCCUCGGGCACCGAGCGCCCCGACAGCGACGACGAGGAGCUCGACGCCACGCCCGCCAAGCACCGCCACAAGGGCCGCGCGGGCAGGGGCAGGGGCGGCGAGCCGCCCGACACCACGCGCAAGCCGCGCCAGCUGCGCAGGUGCGCGUCUGAGGACAAGUGGUUCUCGUCGUGCUACAGAACGCUGGGGGGCCACCAGGGCCUCAAGCGGGCCCAGCACUUGAAGGUCCUAGAGUGCAUCGACGGCCGCUACCUUGCGGCGCCCCUCCUGUCGGAGGCGUCGGACAACCACUUGGCGAGGCUGAUCUUCAUCUUCACUGGGAAGGGCCCGCAGACGCGGCUGGCGAGCUUCGCCACGCGCACCAAGCGUGAGUUCCGCAUCCAGAUGCGGGAGCUCUUCACGCUUGCGCUGGAGCGCAACCUGGUCAAGCCGCCGAAGGAGUUCGACAUCCUCGACGAGAAGCUGGUCGAGGCGAUGGCCAAUGAGAAGGGUUGGAAGGACGAGUGGAUGUUCUCGGGGAAGAACCUCGAGAUCCACCAGAGCCUCGGCCAGCUGCAGGCGCAGCAGCAGGCGAACAUCGAGAAGGUCAUCCAGCAGGCGCUCAGCGCUGCGUCGGGCUCGGCGGCCGAGAAGAAGGGCAAGAAGGAGAAGAAGGCCAAGAAGCAGGAGAGCGGCGAGGGCGAGCUCGUCCCCAUCAGCGCCGCCGCCGAGAGGCCAGCCGACCACGCAGUGUUGGCGGCCGCAGCGGCCGGCCUCCCCAGCGGGAGCGCUUUUCUCAUGGCCAUCGAUUUCGGCUCCCAGUUCUUCAAGGUCGCCGUCUGUGCCCCAGGCAAGCCCUUCGAGGUGGUGCUGAACACGCACUCGAAGCGCAAGACGCCCACCGCGGUCUCCUUCUACGAGCGGGUGAGGACCUUCGGCGACGACGCCGUCGCCAGCGCCGUGAAGGGUGCCGCGAAGACACCCGCGUUCUUUCCCCUGCAGCUGGGCCGCAACCUCACGGCCGUGCCAGAGGAGGAGCUCUCGUGGCUGCCGCGGAGGUUCUACCCUUUUUCCCUGGGGGUCAACGAGUCGGGCAGCCUCCGCAUCGACGUGGGGGAGGAGGGCUACUCCGUGGAGGAGGUGGCAGCGCACGUCCUCAACUUUGCGAAGGGGCUGGCCUCGACGUACCUGGACGCGAGCCGCCCUCCUGCCGCGGCCGAGAGCACACCGAUGACUUCUACGACAGGUGGGCGGAGAUUGUACAGCAGAUUGGCCUUCAACAUUUCGCACUGGAAAAUAUGUCUACCGAUACAGCGGAACAUCGGCUACAGCAAGAACGAGUCUCCCUGGUCAAACAACGCAAGCUUCACCGACUCGAGGCAGCAGAGCACUGGAACACAUAUGGACACCUUCCUGAUUUUACUGAUGAUUACCUUGAUGUUUUGGCCAAGAUCAAGCGCAUCUCAGGCCAACUCCGACGUUGGGCUCGUCGGCGUCGAGCGGCGCACCGUGAACGCCUCCAUCAAGAGUUGCGCGAGGCACGAGCUCUGGGCCAGCAGGCUGAAGUUCACAAGCUUGCACGCCUACUUUCUGGACGAUCAACAGGUAAUGGUGCGCGAGGAUCUACAGGACUUCGCGAAGCAGCGCCUGAUCAACAGCGUGGCAAUCCGAGAAGGCGACUCGAAGAUGAACCAGGUCCUGGAGAAGUGGAGAUUUGCCCUGAGUCCUGUGGCACCGUGCGCAGUCACGCUAGGCAUCUGGGAGCUCGACAUCAUAUCAUCGAUUACUUUCGACACCUUCAAGACGAGCAUCUACCUAGACCCCUUCCGACACUAUCUCACCAUGCCUGGCGUCCUGGCGGCGCAGACACGAUCAGCGGCGGGCUCGGGCGGAGACGGGGGCCAGGGCCUUCGCGACGAGAGGAGGAAGGGCCGCAUCGAGGGCGGCACGAAAGAGGAGUCCAAGCAGAUCGCCGAGCAGAUCCCCGACAAGCAGAAGACGCUUUUCGCGCUCAUGCUGAAGCAGAUCCUCAGUCAAAAGGGCAAAGAGCACACCCUCGGACCUCCACGCGUAUACGCGAUGGGCGGGCCCAUCAAAGGACUUCUGACGUACGGCGACAGUCUCGGAGCCCAGAAUGACACCGACCUCGCGACAGCAUGGCAGGAGUGCGACGGGUACUCAGUCGAGCAGAAGUGCGAGCUAAUUCUAUUUUGCCGUCAGGACAAGGUCUUCCAGAAAGAACGUCGCAGGAUCACCUUUGCCACCAGGGACGCGAAGUUCCGCCAGACUCUCUUGGCUUGCCUUUCUCAAGUGCCACAGACCACACGCAAGUACGGCAGAGCCCCAGCAUCAUUCAUGGAGCGGGGGGUCCAGACCUUCUGGGAGGCCCUACAGAAGUGA